CGCUCGGAGACGGUAAACGGAGGGGGAGGGAAACGCAGGACGACGUUCUUGUUGCCGCUGCGCUACGGGAGCCGGGACGCAGACAUACUUGUCACCCGGUCGCUCAGACUUCAUGUGAACAAAUGGCAAAUGCUGAAGUAAGCAUUCCUGUAGGAGAUGUGGUUGUUGUGCCAACCGAAGGAACGGAGGGGGGAAACCCAGAAGAUACCAAAACCCAGGUUAUAUUACAACUGCAGCCAGUUCAACAAGGCAGAAUUUAUCAAGAGAGCGCUGAAACGAAUGCGGCCGUGAUGGCUGUAGAAACACAUACCAUACACAAACUUGAAGAUGGCAUCGAUGCCAGUGUCCUUGAAAGCAGUGAGGAAAUUGAGAUUGUUUACCCCAUUACCUGUGGAGAUAGCAAGGCCAUCUUGCUCUGGAAGAAGUUUGUGUGCCCAGGAAUCAAUGUCAAGUGUGUUAAGUUCAAUGAUCAGCUUAUCAGCCCCAAGCACUUUGUUCACCUGGCUGGCAAGUCCACCCUGAAGGACUGGAAGCGAGCCAUCCGCCUAGGAGGAAUCAUGCUGAGGAAGAUGAUGGACUCUGGGCAAAUUGAUUUCUAUCAGCAUGACAAAGUGUGCACCAACACCUGCCGAAGCACCAAGUUUGAUCUCCUGUUCAGCAGUGCCAGGGCCCCAGUACCAGGACAAACAAGCCUGGUACAGACUCCCACUUCUGCUGAUGGAAGCAUCACCCAAAUUGCAGUGUCUGAGGAAAGUGUAGAAGAAGGGAUUGAAUGGAAUUCUGCUAUGACAGCAGCAGUCACUAUGGCAACCGAUGAGGGAAUCAAGAAAGACCCAGAGGAGAUAUCAGAGGAGAUGCUGAUGUUUUGGAAAGGCAUUGCUGAUGUGGGCUUAAUGGAAGAAGUGGUCUGUAAUAUUCAGAAGGAGAUAGAGGAGGUGCUAAGAGGGGUACAGCAAAGGCUUGCCCAAUCCCCUUUCCAGAUUACCGAUGCUGCUGUUCUAAAUAAUGUCGCUCACACUUUUGGUCUGAUGGACACAGUGAAGAGGGUGCUGGAUAACAGGAAGAGUCAAACAGACCAGGGAGAGGAGCAAUUUCUUAACACUUUGGCAGCACUAGAUCGCCAGCUAGAAGACCAGAAGAAGAUUGCCAGGGACCCAUCCAUUCAGAAUGUGAUCCUGAUGCCCGUCAACACUCCAAAGCCUCCCAAAAGGCCCCGGUUAAAACGUCCAGCUUCAGCCACAGUUCUAAGCCCCUCGGCUCCCAUCCAGCAACCUCAAUUCACCGUCAUCUCGCCCAUCACCCUCGCACCCAUGGGACAGCAGUUUUCCGUUAGCAACAUUCCAAUGGCCACGAUCAGCCAGGGCUCCAGCCCGGUGACUGUCCACACAUUGCCCUCCGGUUCCCAGCUUUUCCGCUACGCCACCGUGGUUUCUUCCUCCAAAACCAGCUCAACCGAUACCGUGACACUUCACCCCUCCUCGAGCUUAGCCCUGCUGAGCUCGGCAGCGAUGCAGGACAGCGGGACACUUGCUAAUGUGGCCACCAUGGUCAACCCCGUGGAACUGGUGGCCAUGGAGUCUGGCCUGACUUCGACCAUCCAGGCAGUCGAAGGCACUUCAGAGGACGGACAGACAAUCAUAGAAAUAGACCCAGCGCCUGAUCCAGAAGCCGAUCCUGAAGAAUCAGGGGGGAAAGCUGUGAUUUUGGGGACAGAGUUGAGGACUGAGGAGAAGGUGGUGGCUGAGGUUGAUGAACAUCAGCAUCAGGUCCAUAAUGUGGAGAUCGUAGUCUUGGAGGACUAAGUCAGCAAGUCAUCCGGCCUUGCUAAAAAUGAUUGUUCACCUCUUACUUUUUAUAUUGGUUUGACCCUCCCCCCCCCCUUUUUCUUUUCUUUUCUACAGCCUUGCAGGUAAGUUCACAGGAAUGCUGAUCAUCACUUUUAAACAUUUUCUUUAGCGGGGAAAGAGCAGGCAGGCUGGGAUGAUGGUUUGUGGGAAAAGGAGAGAGGUCAGGAUUUUACCCUGCCUGGUUUUAUGGGGAAACAAGCCAUUGCUGUUAUCCCUCGGUGAGGAAGGAUAGCAAAUCCGUAGACCCAGAUUGGAAGCGAUCCUUCUUGGGAUUGUCUGUCUCAAAAACAAAGUAAGCCGGCUCCUGGAAAUGUAACGACUGGAUGAGUAAUGACCUUAAAAACAAGAGCUUCCAUCUUCCCCCUAGGAAGGGAGAUUCCAUGUCCCGUUUCAGACUUUUCAAGCAUUUUGCUUUUUUUUGGAAGUCGCAGAAGAAACACAGCAACCUGAUUGAUCAGGUCACCAACCCUUCUUUGUGUUCUUUUUU